AUGACCCUAUCUGAUGGAAUGCCCUCAUCGCCUCCUGGACCAUCAACAUCAGCAAGCGAGGCAAUUGCUUAUUACAAAGCGCAGUAUGAGUCCCUGGAAUCCGAACUCGCAGAAUUUCAGGCUUCAAGUAAGGAGCUGGAAGCAGAGCUAGAGAAGGACAUUGACGCAGCCGAAAAACGAGAGAGGCAGCUCAAGGAGAAAGCUGACAAUCUGCAUUAUGAAGUCGACGAAUGGAAGACGAAAUACAAACAAGCAAAGACAGAGGCAAAUGCUGCGCAAAACACGCUGCAGAAGGAGAUCACUACUUUACGCGACACUAACCGAACGCUUCAAAUGAGGCUCCGCGACACCGAAGUGGCCAACGACGACUUCGAGCGUCAGCAAAGGAAUACAGAAUCGUCAUUGGAGGACCUAGAAUCAAAAUACAGUAUGGCAAUCGAAAGGUCGGUGAUGAUGGAGGAGGAGGUCAAAGCAGGGGAACAGGAAAGGGAAGCCUUACGAAUAGCCGCUCAGAGACUACGGGACGAGCUGUCUGACCUGAGAAUUGAGGCCGAGAUCAUCAAAGAGAGAUUGAGAAAGGCCGAAGCCAAUGUGGACCAUCAGAGAAAGCUUCCUUUGCUGGAAACCCUGGCAACCUCGGCCUCACCACGUUCCGAGCUCUCACCUACCACGACUGACUCAUCGCCCUCAUUCGAUACACCGCCCGGGAAGACAGUAUCAUCAUCUGGCCUUUCAGAUACACAUACACCGCCUUCCCCGCCAAUGUCUGAGAAGUCUUCGAAUGCAACAAAGCCGUUGAAGACGCCAAGCAUGCCCAAGACGAGGAUGUCAAUCACUUCCAACACCACUCCGAGACCAUCAACAACCAGCCUUAAACCUUCUAGCUAUGCUCGCCCGCCUUCCAUGUCAGUGGCGGCUGGACGAUCCACACCAUCAACCAACUUCCGCCAAAGCAUGUCUCGCCCGAGCACCGUACCUAAACGACAAGGUGGUCUAGCUCAAUCCAAUUCCAUCCACCACCUUCACAAUCUGCAAGGCAAGAUGCAACGACUUACAGAACGCGUUCAUACGGCCAAGUCCAAGCUUCCGGGUCCAAUCAACACCCCUCCAAGGCCAUCACCUAGAAUUGGUCCAACUCAAGCCAGCAAUAUUCCCGCUACAGUCACCAUGCGCAGUAACCGCAAACACGCCAAUGGCAGUACUGUUAGUGGUUCAGACUCCUUUUCAGGCUCGGUUAACCAACAAGCCGACAAGCAAAAUAGCACCACGAAAAGCACAAGCGCUAGCAUCAGCACGCCCACACCAUCCGUCAAACCCAAACCCAGCCGCCAAUCCUUCACCAUCAUGCCCCCUCCUGCCUCCACCCCGACCCGCACCCAGACGCAAACGCAAACACAAACAGCAGUGGACAAAUCCCACCCUGCCUUCGUGCGCCCAAGCAGUCGAGCCAGCGGCUCCACAAUCUCCAGCCGCGCCUCCGCAAACCCACCUCCAAGCGCAAAAUCAAAUAUCCACAACUACCAAACCGGCCAUCCCCGUCUGCACUCCCGAGCAAGCAUGUCCAUCUCCCACACUCCCCUCGGCAAACGCGGCGGUCAACGUUUCACCCCCAACGCCUCAACAGACAAGAUCCGCCCGAAGAGCAGUUUGAGCAGCUACGGGUAUGAUGGCGCUAUGGAUGAGGAGGAUGACGACUCAGUCCUGCACGAGGGGGAGAGCGCGACGCCAGUGCCUAGACGCAUCUCUAUUCAUUUUGGCCGCUCGGGAAGGCUUAGUGAUAUUGGCAUUGGUGGAGGACUAUAUCAUGUCCUGGCUCGCCACGUACUAGCAAACGGCCCAAGGGCCCUUGAGACCCAAUGCCGAGGCCGGUAG